AUGGUACCAGCAAUCCUCGAAUAUUUUCGAGUUAACGGAGGGCGCACGUUCCUCGCAUUAGCUUUCAUCUUGCUUUUGCGGGUGUUUUACUCGAUUGGUAAAACACGCUUGCGCCUUUACGGAAUUCGUAAACAAGGUCUUCCAGCGCCUGCCUGGGGAUUUGGAACUGGAAACCUUGCAAUGCUACCGGGCCUUCUAGCGAAGCUCCCAAAGAAUGCGCAACAGUCCGACGCAUUUACAUUGCUUUCUUACGACUUCCCGAAAUUUGAUAAUUGUUUCUACAUGGACGUCUGGCCAUUCACGCCUAAACCGUUUCUUGUCAUCACUAGCCUGGACCUUGCGGUUCAGGCGUGUCAGACUUAUGCAUUGCCUAAACCCCACACGCUGACACAGUAUUUCAAUCCUUUCACGGGUGGUCCGAAUAUCUUUACAACCAACGGAUCCGAGUGGAAACGGGCGCGGUCGCUCUUCAAUUCCGCAUUUAGCACCAGUACAAUUAUGAAGCAAACGGCUCAUAUUGUGGAGGAGGCGGACGUCUACGUAUCGCUUCUACGUGAACAUGCGCAUAAGGGUGAUACUUUUUCUCUUGAUAAGAUGACAUGUGAUUAUAUGAUGGACAUAAUUGGAUCAGUUGCAAUCAAUGAUCGGUUUAAAUCCUUGCGUGAACAUAAUCCACUAGCAGAGGCUAUGCGGACCCUCAUAAAGUGGCACGUUCAAGACGAAGAGAUGAAUCCAUUCAUCCGGUGGAAUCCCAUUCGAUAUCUGGUGGAGUGGUACAAUGGACGCAUAAUGGCUCGGUACAUUGAGAACGCACUAGACAGACGGUAUGAGGCCUGGAGGCAAAGCAAGCACUCAAGCCGGCCUAAGUCUAUUAUGGAUCUUGUGAUUGCAGAUUUCAUGCGUACCCGGCCAGCGGACCAAAAGCUGGAUCCGGAAUUCAAAAGAUGGGCGACGAUUCAGGUUAGAACCUUCCUCUUUGCGGGCCAUGAUUCUACUGCCGCCACAAUUGUGUAUAGCAUUUAUAUCCUAUCCAAGCACCCGAAGAUCCUGGCUAGAGUUCGUGCCGAGCACGAUGCUGUCUUUGGAGAAGAUAUUUUCACAGCAUCUCAACAGCUUAAAGACCGCCCCGAGCUGAUUAACCAAACUCCUUAUACCCUGGCGGUGAUCAAAGAGAUACUUCGCUUGUACCCUCCUGCUUCUGCUUUACGAGAGGGCCAGCCUGGGGUCGAACUGCAGGAUCAAAAUGGGACAAAGUACCCGACGGACGGUUUUCUGCUCUGGGUCCUUCAUGGGUCUAUUCAGCGCAAUCCUAAUUACUGGCCGGAUCCUCACUCCUUCCUUCCAGAUCGGUGGAUAGUCGAACCAGGCCAUCCAUUAUACCCGCCCAAGCAUGGUUGGCGUGUUUUUGAACUAGGUCCGCGCGAUUGUAUUGGUCAAUCACUAGCCAUGCUAGAUAUUAAGAUUACCUUAGUGCUCACGCUCCGUGAGUUUGAUUUCCAGGACCAGUACGCAGAAUUUGAUCGGCUGCACCCUGAAUCCGGACCUAAGACCGUAUUUGGUGAGCGGGCGUACCAGGUUCCUCAGGGCGCGUCGCACCCCGCUGAUGGAAUGCCCUGUCGAGUCAAGCAGCGAGAAAAUAGAAUUUCCGUAUGA